CGAAUUGAAACAGAUCGGAAAAUCGUCGAGAGAGAGAGGAUGUCGUAUCUUCUGCCGCAUCUGCACUCCGGUUGGGCUGUUGAUCAGGCGAUUCUAGCCGAGGAAGAGCGUCUCGUCGUCAUUCGUUUCGGCCAUGACUGGGAUGAGACUUGUAUGCAGAUGGAUGAGGUGCUUUCCUCUGUUGCUGAGACGAUAAAGAACUUUGCAGUCAUUUAUCUGGUGGACAUCACUGAGGUUCCAGACUUCAACACCAUGUACGAGCUGUACGAUCCUUCGACGGUCAUGUUCUUCUUCAGGAACAAGCACAUCAUGAUCGAUCUUGGAACUGGUAACAACAACAAGAUCAACUGGGCUCUCAAGGACAAGCAGGAAUUCAUCGAUAUCAUCGAGACCGUCUACCGCGGUGCAAGGAAGGGUCGUGGGUUGGUGAUUGCUCCAAAAGAUUACUCCACCAAAUACCGCUACUAACCGGGCUUCCCAACACUAUCUAGUUUGUUAAAACCAUUGAGUCUAGUGAUUCUGGUCAGCUGAAAUAUCCCAUGAACUGGUUUCAUAUAAUGCUUUGAUGAUUGUGAUUCUGGUUUUUGCUUGCUGUUUCGGUUGUUCUCCAUUUAUGUAUGUAACUACUUGCCUCGAACAUAAUUCAGUGAAAUGAAAUUUGGAAGCCGAU